GCAGGUUAGUCAUAUUAUGUAAAUGCAUCACAAGACACAUAAUCCAAUCCAAAAAAAUUGCAAAAUAUAUGUACUUUAGAUUAGUAGUAAAUGGUUUCUUACACAACUAGACAACCUAUAUAUAUGUAAUUUAAAGGCGCGUAAUCACCCUUUUAAACAAACGGCCUUAACUUUGAAUGAGCACUGAGAUGGAGUUCGAUAAUAUCGCCAUUAUGGUAGGCUUCGUUCACGCCUUAUUUUUGGCUUGCUUUUUCUUUGUAAACCAUGGCAUCAAAAAAUGGAAAGAAAUUUUAUCCCAGGAGUUUCUAUUGGAAAGACACAGAAUAAAAAAAUAAAAUUUUCUCUUUAUUCUAUUCGCCAUUGUUUUUAUCGCCCAGAGACAAAACGAAACAGAAAGAAGAAAUCACAACAUUGUCUCAUGGUUAAUAGUUAUGAUAAUUAAUGUUUAUCACGCUCUGUCUUUCUUUAUUAGCAUGACUGAGAAUUGCAAUUAUGAGCAAAAAAACCCAACGGGGGAGAAGGCACAUUGUGAUAGUUAAAGAUAGUUAAAGCAUUAUGGAGAUAAUUAAAUUUAGAGCAUAAAAGGGGAAAUUUUAAAAAUUUAAGCCACACAGCCACGGAUGCUCUCCCUCAUUCAUUAUUUUUUCUGUAAUGGCAUGAAUCCAGGAACCAUGUGGUUGAUUUUGCUGUGCGUUUAUUAUCGCAUGAUUCGUGCAAUAAAAUGCAAUGGCGGUUCUGUAGGCGAAGAGAAAUUGGGAUAUACUCAGAACUGCACGAACAGUACAAGAAAGGUGGCAACAACAGAAAGAGUUUGGGAGUUGCAACUUUUGAAGUUUUAGUAAGUCAAAAAAGAAUAGGAAGCAUUAUCAAGAUCAUGAGUUCAACUUAUACAACGCAUAUUGAUUAUGUAACAAAGGUUUUAAUAAAGGAAGCAGUUAUAUUAAUGUAUGCCAAAGUCAAAAAGAUAACUCGCUCAGAAGCAUUCCAGAUAUUACUUGCAUAUUUGGAAAAAUUAGAGAAAAGGGAUUUAGAGGAAAUUGACGAUAGUGCAACUACAUUUAAAGAAAUGGUUUUAAAUAGUUGCAAAAAGCGUCAAAGAUUCUUUGGUAAACAACUUUUCAUUGUCUCAAAAUUGUUUUAGAUUAUUUUUAAUUUAGUGCGGAUAGUUAUACAUUUUUUUAUUAAUUCUACUGUUAUAGACAAACAAAAUGGAAUCGCGAGAUGAAAAGGAAAAUCUGGAUAGAUCACAAGAAAGUAUAGAGGUGACAGCAGAAGAAUUAAAUGGGAGUAAAUACAACAAAGGGGAUAGAUCUAGAAGCCAAACGCAAAAUGAAGACUCUGGAGCCAACGAGGAAAAAGAAAUUGACGUAAGUGAUGGUCUAUAUAUUAAAGAAAUUUAAUUCAUAAUAUUUAUUUUUUGAUUAUUUUAUGUGAAUGGUCAAAAACGUUAGAGAUUAUAUUAUGUGUUUUCACAUGUAUUAUAUCUUACAGGGUGUCAAUGUUAAGAAAGGAAAACGUCCCACCUUUAAAGAAGGCUUUUAAAAGACGAUAUGCAAAA